AUUUAUCCUCCAAAAGUGAUCUUCUGUUUGUUAACUGGUGUUGAGGUCCGUGUCACCUUUGAAUUUGUAUCAGUGUGAAAUUAGUUUCUGGCUGGUUGAACAGUGGGGAAAUUGUGGGUGGUAUAGUCCUGGGUUAGAGGCCCUGGUGGGACACCGUCGCGUACCACCUAAAUGGUUGGAAACCCGUAGAGUGUGUGGGCGUACCACAAUAAAAAGGGUUUAGAAGUGCCCUGUGAUCGGAGGUUGUGCCGACACAAAAAGGUUGUAAAUCCCGUGACUGGCAGACAUACCAAUGGGUUGAAGCCAGUACAAAACUUUCUGAACCGAGAGGUUGUCUCGUUCUUUUCGGAGAAUCCUAGAGACUAGAAUUCCCCAUUCGAAAUCAAAAGACAAAGUGUGCACUAUAAAAAGUUGAGAAGAGAUACCCGGAUGAACAGAAGUUGAGAAGAGAUACCCGGAUGAACAGUGAAUUGCGGAAUUGUAAUUUUAUUUUAGGAGAGGUUGUUUCAUUCUUUCAAGAAUCCUAGAAACUAGAAUUCCUACUUCUACUUUUGAAAAAAAAAAAGAAAAAAAUCAAAGAGGUUCGACCACUUUUGAUAAAAGACAAUUUAAAUCAAAAUGCAGGGAGAGUUUGACAGGGAGUGGUUCGAUUUGCGGCAAAUACCAAACCAUUCUGAACAAGUGGUACUAAGUGAACAUGUGAGGAAUUUAUCUUAUGUGUGUUUUGUCAUUUAUUUGUGUAAUCUGAAUUUAAUGAGUAUUUGUUUUCUUUUGUAUAUAGUUCUGAUAGCAUACGUGGCAUAUUGUGGCAUCAAGGCAUCAAAGCAUGCCUGAAAAAGAAUGAGAGAAUGAGAAAGAACAAUUGAACGAAUGGAUGAGGGAAAUGUUGUGAGAAUGGAUGGUUUCCUCCAAUGUCUUCAAUUGCGUGUUUGGUGACAUUAAUGAGGGGAACGGAAAAAGCUUGUGCUAAAAGAUCAAAUUGGAAGUGGAAAAAACUAACAGGUUGUCUCCAAAAGGUAGAAAGGUGAGAGAGAAUGCUGAGAAAGUUGUGGAAAUGAAAGCAAGAGCAAGGAUGAUGGCGAUGGGAUGUGCGUUAAAGUUGUCCCGUUUGGCUGUCAAGGAAGAGAGUGUUGGUCUGGUACCUUCAACACCCAAAGUGCCCUCCGCGCCGCCUCCUUACUUGGAGGAGAAACAUCUUUUGGCGUUGUCUCCAAAUGACCCAUGUGUACCACCUUACCAUGACACCAGGAAAUUUCAGGCUCCAGUCUUGAAUGUAACUGCCGGUCGACUUGAAGUAGAUGUAGAUGAUCAAACGGCUCUCACUCACUUGUCACGUCCCAUCGAAACGGGGGUAGGACCCAAAUGCAGGACUCGGACGAUGCAAGGUAGUUCAGGGAGAAAUGUUUAUUAUAUGCCGAGGUCGGGGAUCGAGCAGGCAGUCCGGUGCAGCAGCGGUAGUUGGGGCGUCGGGCGAAGAGAGCAGGUGAGCGGGCAGGCAGGAGUCGGUACACAGGAGAACAAUCAAAGCAGGCAGAAGUAUCAAAGGAGUCAGGCUUACAAGGGUGGUCGAAGAACGGGCGAAGGUCGGUACACACAGGUUCGAUCAGGGAUACCGGAGCACACGAACAGGACAUGAAGAUUAACGAACUGGCGCCGGCCAGUUGUCAUCGGGGACAUAUAAAUCCACAGCAUAAUCAGGCUGCAUGAGGCGCAGGUGUGCACCUCCCAAACAGCGCACCUGUGCGGGCACCCAUGCGGGCACCCGCACAGCUCGUGCUGGAGCAGCAGGAUCAUGACAUCACUCACAACAAACAUCAAACAUGAAUACGGUUGCAGUAACUCUGGCUGCUGGAGUGACCGCCGCCAUUAAAGAAUUAGAAGGAAAAUUGGACAAAGUUGUAGAUUUGAGAGCUGACCCAUUUACACGUUUGAAUCGGCUAGGAAUGUACAAGGCAGAAUUAAAUAGACAUCAAGAGGUUCCACAAAAUAUGAGAGCUCAACUUGAGAGACUCACCACUGAACAUGAAAACAGAGCAAACGCUGAAGUGGAGGAGCAGAAACGUGCCCUCCGCGCAGAACAAGAAGCAGCACGACUGAAGAGAGAACAGGAAUUUGCUGUCUACGCUGGUAGAGGCCCUUCAAGUGGGGAAGUGGAAAACAGGUUGUACAUUGAUCAGUUACAGAACCAAAUAACAGAAUUAGAGUGUCAUGUCCAGAAUCUUUAGGUUCCCACCACGACUCUCUUCUGGAUCAAACCGUAAGUCCUGAAGACCCCGAGAAAUCUUCCGAAGGUCCAGCUUCUCCUCAUCGGCCUGUGACACGUUCCCAAAUCUUACAGGCUCCCAUGUUGGCCAAAGUUGAUCCGGCUACUGGUAACUCUGCUAUGUUUUACAAACCUUUCUCUCCCACUGAUGUGAGUGUGCUGAUGCAGAAACUUCCACCUUUGCGAUCUGGUAGUGUAAAUUGGCUUCAAGCAGUGCAGAGAGCGGUUACGGGACAAAUGUUAACAGCAGGUGAUAUCCAUGUCCUCCUUAUACAAUCAUGUCCACUUUCACAGUUGAAUACUCUGAUGCAAAAUUCAGGUUUUUGUUCUCUCCCCGAUCAUCAGGCUCUUACACAAGAAAAUUAUUUGACCUUGUCUACAGCACUGGACGCUUUGUUUCCACUUCCCGAGUGUGUUAUCUCAGAUAUGGUGUUUCCUCCCAAAGCAGAUGAGGAGGCCGCGGCUUUUGUUGACCGUGCCCUCACUGAUUAUUCUCUGAAAACAGGACACGCUCCUACAGCCUCCGCCUUGCAUUUGCAAGUGUUCCGAGCAGCUAUUUUGAAGGGCGUUCCCAAGUCUGUGGCGCAGGCCAUGGAGGCCAAUCCAGACCUUCCUGGUGCUGAGGUUGACCGGUGGUUGUCACAUCUUAAACAUCAUUUGAGGAGAUAUGCUAAAGAGAAGAAUCUAAGGUAGACAAACACAAAAGUACAGAAACACAACUUGCUAUGUUGCAGUUGCAAUAUCUGAAAAAUCAGGAAGAAGCCACUCAUGCUGUGAUCUCAUCUCCCUCUGUCGGUUCCGAGUGCAUGAUGUAUCAAGCAGGUUCAUUCAUAGGUCGAGGUCCGCCCCCUGGUGGCCGUGGCACGUGCUUCAAUUGUGGACGGCCUGGUCAUUGGGCCCGCGCUUGCAGACAGCAACCUCAAGUGUCCGGAUGGAGAGGCAGAGGCAGAGGCCAACAACCUGCACGUGGCUACAAUCGACGAGGUUACAACCAAUCCCGAGAGAGACCAGCAGCUACCGCAGCAGCAACAGGGAUAUCCCUCAGUGCCAAACCAGCAGUAUGAACCGCACAAUGAUGGUGCCCUGAAUUCACAUGUUUAGGCCUGCACGAGCCUUUGAUGAUCCUGAUGGAAAACCAUCUCACUUGUUGGAUUCAAGGGUGAAGAAACUGCCCUGCAAUUGACCACUCCAGUGACUGUUCAAUGUUUUUCAGACUUUUUUGCAUUCUUUUGUGUUUGCACCUAACUGUCCAGUCAAUCUUUUGGGCAGAGAUCUCCUCAUCGCCACGUGCCCUCUCAUCAAAUGCAGCUCUGAUGGACUUAUCCUGGAAUUUCCGGAUGGUAACACGUACUGCUGCUCUGCCGCCUCUGCCUCCGGUGCCACCUCCCAGUUUCCGCUUGUUGAACAACGCCCUAUGGCAUGCACCACUGCUGACAUCUAUUGGGCAAGAGUGGAUAUUGACUCCAGUGGUUGGCUCGAGGCUGAGCACUUUUGGACUCUCUGGUCACCUUGCGUCCAUAAUCUCAGAUCUUAUGAUAUGGUAACUGAUUGUAUGCAUUGCACUCUGUACUAUGACAGAUCAGGAGAAGAGAUCUAUAGCGAGGCAUUUCAGGACAUUGAUAACAACAUGUGGGAAUUGAACAUGGGUGAUUUGUUUGUGUGCAAACCAGGUGUUGCCUUUUCGGUGUUUUUGACUCCUGAACAACUCGAAUGGUAUAAGAUGGCGGAUCCUCCGGAUCCUUUUAUGUCUCCUUGUCACCCACAUGUCUCCUUGAUGGUUUCGCCUCAGCACACAGCGAAGGAUCUUGGUCUGUUUGUCCUGACAUGCACACAGACCACAGAUUGGCAAAAUUCAUUUCACACUCAAUUGCUCUAUUCCUCAUCCCUUGAUGCUUAUUGGAUUCAGUCUAACACAUUUUUGUGACAACUUCUGUUUUGGAGCACCAGUUUCUGAAUAGGCACCAUUGACGUGAAACAACCGACAGUGACUUUGCUGGUCAACUUCUUGAUUCCCUUCCUGCGUCGCUGUGGUCUACGAAUCCCACUGAUGUUGGUCUCUGCAAUGUCUCACCUGUUGCGUUUCUGAUGAAACCAGGACGAAUAUAUGUUCCCCAAUACUCUGUAAAAGAGGCUGCGAUGGUUGGCAUUUCGGACACAAUUGACGGGCUGCUUAAAGCAGGGGUGUUAUGUAAAAUUCCUGAAUCUGAUUAUAACACACCAAUUUUACCCGUUGAAAAGAAAGACACUGGACAGUUUCGCAUGGUCCAUGACCUGCGAGCAAUUAAUGCGGCUGUUUUAACUCCCACUUUGCCAGUCCCGAACCCCUCACUCGACACUGUCCCAAAUUACAUCAGCCCACACUGAUUUCACUUGCAUUGACUUGGCUAAUGCUUUCUUUUGCAUUCCUCUCCAUCCUUCAAUGAGGCAAUUUUUUGCUUUCACUUGGAAUGUGUUAGUUACUCCUAAAAUCGCCUGCCUCAAGGUUUUGUCCUUUCCCCCGUACUCUUCAACAACUGUCUUCGUCAGUUGCUGUCUCCGCUUGAAUUGCCUAAUGGAGUUCUCCUGGUGCAGUAUGUGGAUGACCUCUUGCUGCCAGCUCCAUCUGAAACUUCUUGUCUUGAAGCCACCAGGUCUUUGCUCUCUCAUUUGGCCUCUGUUGGCCUGAAGUGUUCCAAGUCCAAACUUCAGAUUGCCCGACCACAGGUUUCCUUUCUCGGACGACUGACGUCACGCCACGGCACAGGAAUGUCUCCCUCUCACAAAGAUGACAUCUUUCAUCACCCAAAACCAAUGAAUGUCAAAACCAUGCUGGCCUUUCUUGGUCUUUGCAACUACUCCAGACAUCAUGUUCCAGACUUUCCUGAACUUACUUACCCGCUCCGACAGAUGGUAAAUGACCAGGGUAUGCGGAACCUUUCUAAUAUUCUUUGUUGGACCACGGAAGCAGAUACUUCCUUCAUUUCCUUGAAACAGCAUCUUUCCGCUGCUGCGGCUCUUGCGAUUCCUGAUUACAACCGCAUGUUUUAUCUAGACGCAUCUGAAAAGGUCAGCAGUUUGCCUGCUGCCCUUUAUCAGAAGGGGGAAGGAGGAAGUCGACAAGUCUGUCGGUAUGCAUCCACUCCAUUGGAAAAAUACGAGCAAAGACAUCCAAUAUGUGCUGCUUUCGCAUCUGCUCUAGCUCUAGUGAUUCAGAAAACACCUCAAAUUGUUCUCCAUCACCCACUGACUGUGCGAACAUCACACAGUACAGUCCAGUACGUCACAAGUCAAGCUUUUACCAUGACCGGAGGAAGACAGAAGAAAAUUGAGGCAAUUUUAACACAACCACAUAUUCUCUUUAUUCAUGAAGGAGUAAACAUGGCUGAAGGUCUGCUUGAAGGAGAACCACAUUGUUGUGUACGAAGAACAAAGAAAGAAGACUCACUUCGGACUGAACUCUAUGAGACACCGCUUGAGAACCCGGACUUAAUUCUUUUCACAGAUGGAUGUUGCUUCAAGGGCAACGAUGGCCUUCAAUCUGGAUUUGCAGUAACCGUACCCACAGAAACAGGUUUUGAACAAGUCCAAGCUGUAAGAAUUUUAGGCUCACAGUCAGCACAAAGAGCAGAAAUUUUGGCAUUGACAGCAGCUCUCAGGUUAGCAGAAAACCACUCAGUAAACAUUUACACAGAUUCAGCGUAUGCACACAUGACAGUUCAUGUUGCAUUAAAAGAAUGGCAGCGAAACAAUUUCCAAACUGCAACCGGUACACCCAUUAAACAUCAGGACGACAUUCUCAAAUUGCGAGAUGCGUUACUGCUCCCAACAGCGGUAGCAGUAAUAAAAUGCAAAGGUCACUCUCGAACUAAUGAUUUUGUAUCAGCAGGUAACGAAUCAGCAGAUCAAGCAGCAAAAAAAGGCUGCAGGGUACCGACCAACACUCCAACUAAUUGUGAGUCUGAAUGUGAAAAUCAACAGGAGGUGACAGUAGAAACAGUUAAGGUGUGGCAGGAAAAGGCAAGUCCAGAAGAAAAGAGUAUGUGGAAGUCGAAAGGGGGUGUCAAAGAUGAGGAUGGCAUAUGGCGAAAAAUCUAAUUUCUGAAGCCCAUGGAACAUCCCAUGUAGGUGUGGAUGAAACAUUGAGACGACUCCACUCCUGGUGGCAUCCUUUUAUGAGACAAAUUAUUAAAGGUGAACUGCAGGACUGCAGCGUUUGCGGUCGGUAUAACAGUAUGCCUACAACAAAACCACCGCAGGGAGUACACGAUCCGGACUUGGAUGCUCCUGGUCAGGUGAUUUCAAUGGAUUUUACUGACAUUUCAAUGGAUUUUACUGACAUGAUUAAAACAGUGUCAGGUUACCGGUAUUUGCCAGUUAUAGUAGAUUCUUUUUCAGGAUGGCCAGAAGCAUAUCUCAUUACAUUCCAACACACGGGUUCCCUAGGAAAAUUAGAUCAGACAAUGGAACUCAUUUCAAAAACAAAC